AUGGCGAGAAGUUCUCUCGCGCUGAAACUAGGGGUCUUUUUUAUAUCAUCUUCUUUGCUUUUGCUGUUGUUAGCCUAUCAGCCUCAUUCCUUCUAUCUUCCUGGUGUCGCCCCUGAGGAUUUUACAAUUGGGUCCGAGUUAAAGGUGAAAGUAAACAAACUGACUUCUACAAAAACACAACUUCCAUACUCGUACUAUUCCCUUCCCUAUUGUCCUCCAGAGCGUAUAGUUGACAGUGCAGAGAAUCUUGGGGAAGUUCUUCGUGGUGAUCGCAUUGAAAACUCUCCUUAUGUGUUUCAAAUGAGAGAACCGCAACAGUGCAGAAUUUUAUGUCGUAUAACCCUUAAUGCAAAAACAGCGAAAGAAUUCAAGGAAAAGAUUGAUGAUGAUUACCGGGUCAACAUGAUUUUGGACAAUCUUCCACUUGUUGUUCCCAUUCCAAGGUCUGAUCAGGAAAAUGCAGUAGUGUAUCAACAUGGCUUUCAUGUUGGUCUUAAAGGGCAGUAUGCUGGGAGCAAAGAUCUAAAACAUUUUAUCCACAAUCACUUAACAUUUACUGUCAAAUAUCACAAAGAUUCUCAGUCAGAUUUAGCCAGGAUUGUUGGGUUUGAGGUCAAACCAUUCAGUGUUAAGCAUAUGUAUGAUGGUGAGUGGAAGAAUGAGAAUACGCGCCUAACAACCUGUGAUCCCCAUGCAAGGCGUGCAGUUACUAGCUCCGAGUCUCCUCAAGUAAUUGAGGAUAAGAAGGACGUAAUAUUUACAUAUGAUGUUGCAUUUGAGGAAAGUGAUGUGAAGUGGGCUUCUCGGUGGGAUACCUAUCUUUUGAUGGCUGAUGAUCAAAUUCAUUGGUUCUCUAUUGUCAAUUCUUUAAUGAUUGUUCUUUUCCUCUCGGGGAUGGUGGCUAUGAUCAUGUUGCGGACACUUUAUCGGGAUAUCUCCAAGUACAAUCAACUAGAGACCCAAGAGGAAGCCCAAGAGGAGACAGGAUGGAAAUUGGUCCAUGGGGAUGUUUUUCGCCCUCCAACUAACUCAGAUUUACUCUGUGUAUAUGUUGGGACAGGGGUUCAGUUUUUUGGAAUGAUUGUUGUUACUAUGGUAUUUGCUGCUCUUGGUUUCCUCUCCCCUUCAAAUCGAGGUGGUUUGAUGACGGCCAUGCUCCUUCUCUGGGUAUUUAUGGGUCUUUUUGCUGGAUAUGCUUCAGCUCGUCUUUAUAAGAUGUUCAAGGGAACAGAAUGGAAGAAAAUUACUCUGAAAACAGCGUUCAUGUUUCCUGCAACAGUCUUUGCCAUUUUCUUUGUCUUGAAUGCUCUAAUAUGGGGCGAAAAGUCAUCUGGGGCAGUGCCUUUCGGAACCAUGUUUGCUCUGGUAUUCUUGUGGUUUGGCAUUUCAGUUCCACUUGUCUUGGCUGGUAGUUAUAUUGGUUUCAAGAAGCCUGCAAUUGAGGAUCCAGUGAAAACCAAUAAGAUCCCAAGGCAGAUUCCAGAACAGGCCUGGUACAUGAACCCAGUUUUCUCGAUUCUAAUUGGAGGCAUUCUUCCAUUUGGAGCUGUCUUUAUCGAGCUCUUCUUCAUCCUUACAUCGAUAUGGCUUCAUCAGUUUUACUACAUCUUUGGUUUCUUAUUCAUUGUCUUUAUCAUCCUCGUUGUCACUUGUGCCGAGAUCACAAUUGUGCUUUGCUACUUCCAGCUGUGCAGUGAGAACUACCUUUGGUGGUGGAGGUCUUAUCUGACAUCGGGGUCCUCUGCGCUCUACCUCUUCCUCUAUGCUGCUUUCUACUUCUUCACGAAGCUUGAUAUUACAAAGCCAGUGUCUGGGAUCUUGUACUUUGGCUACAUGCUGAUUGCCUCAUAUGCUUUCUUUGUGUUGACUGGCACAAUUGGCUUCUAUGCCUGCUUCUGGUUUACCAGGCUCAUUUACUCAUCAGUGAAGAUCGAUUAA